GAGGGAAGCAGCGGGGAGGCGCGUGCACAAAUGUUUACGGACUUUCAGUGUUGGAGCCGUGGAGCCCGUGGUUUGCAGCCCCCCCUUCGCCCCGCUUUGUCUGUAGGCCCGGUUCACGGCGUGAGCGGUUGUCUCGGGGUGGCUCCGGAGGCAGACCCGAGCGGUCGUCGUCCCUGGAUGUGUAGAGACAAAGGAGGGAAGAAGCAUGUCUCGUCUGUCUCUAACACGGUCCCCGGUUUCUCCUCUGGCUGCUCAAGGAAUUCCUCUCCCAGCGCAACUCACCAAGUCGAACGCUCCCGUGCACAUCGAUGUAGGAGGACACAUGUACACCAGCAGCCUAGCUACCUUGACAAAGUACCCAGACUCCAGAAUAAGUCGCCUGUUUAAUGGCACAGAGCCUAUUGUCUUGGACAGUUUAAAACAACAUUAUUUCAUUGAUCGAGAUGGUGAAAUUUUCAGAUAUAUAUUAAGCUUCCUAAGGACAUCUAAGUUACUGCUCCCAGAUGACUUUAAGGACUUUAAUCUUUUAUACGAAGAAGCAAAGUAUUACCAGCUGCAGCCAAUGAUUAAGGAACUUGAGCGAUGGAAACAAGAGAAAGAACAAAGGAAACAUUUCCAGCCUUGUGACUGCUUGGUCGUAAGAGUGACUCCAGAUCUGGGGGAGAGAAUUGCAUUGAGUGGGGAGAAAGCUUUAAUAGAAGAGAUUUUCCCGGAGACUGGGGAUGUCAUGUGCAACUCCAUGAAUGCUGGCUGGAACCAGGACCCUACCCAUGUUAUUAGGUUUCCUUUGAACGGAUACUGCCGGUUGAACUCAGUGCAGGUGCUUGAAAGAUUAUUUCAGAAGGGAUUUAAUGUGGCAGCUUCAUGCGGUGGUGGGGUGGAUUCCUCUCAGUUCAGUGAAUACGUGCUGUGUCGUGAGGACAGACGACCACAACCCACCCCAACAAUCAGAAUAAAACAGGAGCCCCUGGACUAGACCCUACCCCUACUCCUUUGUAACCGUAGAAGUGUUUAAUAGUCCCUUAUGUGAAACACUAAGGAUUUGCAAAACAGUAUUAGCAAACAGAUUUUGACUUUAAGUUGCCAAUUAGUGGUAUUCUGAAACUACCUGUCACAUAGCCAGCCAUGACAUGCAUUUGAAAAAACAGUUGUCUGUUUUUCACGAUGGAAUUCCUGAGCAUACUCAGCAUACCAGGCCUGCCGGGAACGUACUUUGGGCUGAACAGCGGUGGUGGUGGAAAAGGCAAAGCUUCAUCAACCCCUGACCCUAGGUUGGACUUCUGAAAGAGCAGUUAAAGCAAUUUGAAUUGAUCAGCAGGAGAAGCAGUUCUGAUAGCCUUUCCAGCCGUACCCCGAUGCUGUGAUGCAUGG